UCGAAUGAAAUAUCACAGAACAUUCCUCAGUCUGUUCCGAGCGGUUGCAAACGAGUGAUUUCUAAUGCUUAAACAUUGCGGGUAACAUAUAUUAAUAGAAAAAUAGGUACGCUUCACUUCGAGAAAAAUGUAUUCAAUCAUUCACUCGGCCGUCCUAAGCGCAGUGCUGUUCGUGGCUAUACCUCAUUCUUCGGUCGCGUUAAGUGCGUUUCUUUCCGUCGCCAUUCAUAACAGUGGCUUCCAUCGUGACAUAAAUUAUAGCCUUCGGUUCGGCGGCAUCGGACGAAUGUCUUGCGACAUGCUGAUCGUACAAUAUCUGCCCUCCUCGAUCUACGUUAACACCGAUCAGCUGAUCGAUUUAAAGCGCUUCAAUAAGAUCAGCAGCUACGUGCCGCUGUACGUGGAUGUGGAGAAACCCACCGGCAAGUCGGAGCCGUUCACCGUGUACCUCUACGAAACGCUACGCCGUGAAGUCAACAUUACUUUGCCGAUUCAUUUCCGCUAUCACGACCCAUCAGAGCGAAAAUUUGAACGCAUUCAAGUGGAGAGCCCCACGGUGUACGUGCAGUGCCGUAACGUGCAAUCGAGCAAACAUCCCCCACGGACGUUGGGCACGGCGAGGCUGCCCUGCGCAAGCAGCUCCGACAUCGAGGACUACGAUAAACUGGCACACGCGGCCCUGUGCGAGUGGGAGGAGUUGGAGUUUAAUAAUUUACCAACAGUGAUCAGUGUGCUGAUACCGAUCGGGAAUAGCCGCUCGUAUCGUUUCGUCCUACCGGCAACGAUUGUUGUCAGCUGGAUCGGCAGCAUGUACCUGAUCUACGUGAUCCUCAAAGUAGGACGAAAGGUGAACAAAAAGUUACUCUGAAGGAGGAGACCUCAGGAACAAAACGACCACAACGAUCUCAACCCGCUGCUUUGCUUCUUUUUGCACAAACAAAACCAGUGGCGCUUUUUUACUGUUGUUUUUAUUAUUAACGAUUCAUAAAUAUAGGCCACGGUUCUUUUUCCUCCGCUUUUUUCACCAACCUGCCUGGUGAAAGCAGGAGGAAAAACAAUAAAUGCCACUCUGUGCUAAAAACACGCAUGCAGCGCGGUAAGUUUCUUUUUGUUUUGAUAGGGCUUCUAUUCCCAUCUCGAUAUUCUCGAUAGCGUAGUAAGCUCUGGUACGCCCAGUUUUUCUGCAUCCGAUUUGAAUUGACA